AUGGUUCGAAUACUCCCAGGUCGCGAGCCCUGUCUCCUCUCUACUCUAUCCCCAAGGUCCCGCCGCCGACGUUGUCUGCAACUGCAUGGUCAAGACCAUUCCCAACCUGGCCGCCCAUCUACCAUUGUACUAGAUGAGAGUGACAGCACUGACACCAUUGAGGAUGAGGAGGAGGAGGGGUGGGAGGGGCGAGAGAGAGAUUUCACCGCAAGAUAUAGCGAGGAUGACUUCGUGGACGACGAGCAAUGGCCGCAGAUCCUCUCCAAUUUCACAGCUAACAUCACCCCCUGCCUCAACCAUACUGAAUCUUUUGAAGUGAAAGAAGUCAUCCCAGAAUUCGUGUCUGAGGGUAGAACAUAUAAAGCUGGCAAAUCCGUGGAGCUGCGGGAUGGCACCUUUCUCCGCAUCUUGGAGAUUGUGAGGGGGAUGGCCGGCGAGAUAUCGCUGAGGGGCUGGCGGCUUCAGCGACAGGAUUCCAUGAAUGGGCUAAUGCCUGAGCACGUCAACGAGUUGUGCUGGAUUGUGAACCUUUCCGCGCAGCAGACCACUCAGGUUGAUGAGGUGGGCUUGCACGAAGUCAAGGGCUUGAGGAUCGUGCGUUUUACAAAUACAUCUUAUCCGAUGUUAGUUCCUCGGGGUGAUAAAGACAGUUUUGCGACAGAGGCUGAGCGCAGGCAAGAGGGGAUUCUGUUCUGCCGCUCCAAAUACAUUAGGGUGUGGGUCACUCCUACUUCCACUUCCACGACAUCUUCCCGCAAACGACGCAUGGAAGAGCAAGCCAUUCAAUUCCUCGCUCCACAUGAGGCAGACGCUGGCUAUGCUGUUGACACUAGCACGCUACGAUUCCGCUGGAGAGGUGAAACUCAACCAGGGGGUAGCUAUGCCACUCAAAAAAUUUCACCACUCGUCGAUCUUUCGACAAACACUCCAACAAUUCUAGGCGGGACUUCAAAAAUAAUCCGGCAGUAUACAUUCGGUGAUGGCUUUUGUGGUGCGGGUGGUGUUUCCAGAGGUGCAUUGCAAGCAGGCCUUCGCCUGAAUUGGGGAUUUGAUCAUUCAGUAUCAGCCAUGGACUCAUUUCGGCUGAAUUUUGAGACUGCAAUUGGAUAUACAUCCGAUGUGGCAGAUUUCCUUGCUAGCAGCCACACUGAAAUAAUGGUUGAUAUUUUGCACUUUUCCCCUCCUUGCCAGACAUUUUCACCUGCAAAAACAGUUGCAGCUGCCAUGGAUGAAGAUAAUGAAGCAUGUAUCUUCUGCACGCGCGAAUUACUGGAGGCGACGAAGCCCAGGGUUGUGACUAUGGAGGAAACAGCAGGUUUGCAACAGAGGCAUGAAGAAUUCCUUUUCGCAACAAUACAUUCCUUUGUGGAACUGGGGUAUUCUGUCCGUUGGAAGUUACUGAAUUGUCGGGACUAUGGAGUGCCCCAGAGCCGUCAGCGGUUGGUUAUUUUGGCGUCGGGACCCGGUGAACCCCUACCGCCCUUCCCAAAGCCAACGCACACCUCUCCCAACACCCAAAUAAACACCACUAUCAGCACUGCUCUCCUUCCCCCUUUCCGCACCAUCCACGACGCAAUCUCCAAAAUCCCCCCUCAUCACCCAGACCACGACAUCCAAUAUGCUCGCAGCCGUCCCCUGAACCGGCCAACUUAUGACCCACACACCCAAGCGAGGACGAUAACCUGCAACGGGGGCGAGAAUUACCACCCAAGCGGCACACGCGGCUUCACUUACCGCGAGCUUGCAUGCCUGCAGACGUUCCCGCUCGAGCAUCGGUUUUGUGGGAAGAGUGUCAAAAGGCAGAUUGGGAAUGCAGUGCCGCCGAUGCUGGGGAAGGCGAUCUUUUUGGUGGUGAAGAGGGCGCUGGAGCGCGUUGAUGGGGUUAAUGGUGGUGACUACGGUGGUGGUGAUGGUAGUAUCGACAUUGUAGGGGAGGUGGUGGAAAUACUGUGA